AUGUCUCCGACACACUCGACUUCCAGUAUCGAGGAACUUCCCUCGGUAGAAGCGAUACAACCCCAAAGAACCAAAUCUCGCCGAUCUGAAACUGGAAAUGACCUUCAUCUUGUUCAAAGUCACUUAUCACAUCAUGAUAUGCCCGUGGCCAACGAUGACGACGAAUUCCAUGAGGUCGACGCCGAUCAGUAUUUACGUUUCUCGCAUACUCGCAAGAUACUGAUUGUUGCUGUAUUAUCUUUCUGUUCAUUUCUGGCUCCUAUUUCUUCAACAUCUAUCCUAUCGGGUGUUCCGGAGGUCGCUGUGACCUAUAAUACCACAGGAAGUAUUAUUAAUGCCAGCAAUGCCUUAUACCUGGCAUUUAUGGGUAUCGCGGCUCCGUUCUGGGGUCCAUUUAGUCAAGUGUGGGGACGAAGGCCGAUCUUCCUGACAAGCGCUUUUUUGUUCUUUGCCUUCAGUAUAGGCACCGCACUGGCUCCAAACCUCCCAGCAUACUUCAUCUUCCGUGUUCUCACUGCCUUCCAAGGAACAUCCUUCUUGGUCGUAGGUAGUUCCGCCAUUGGCGAUAUCUAUGAGCCUCGUGCUCGCGCUACAGCACUGGGCUGGUUCCUAUCGGGUACCCUCAUCGGACCAGCGUUUGGACCUUUCAUCGGUGGUGUCAUUGUCACAUUCUGCUCUUGGAGAGUAGUAUUCUGGCUCCAAACAGCACUAGGCGGCCUGGGCACGCUCCUAGUAUUCUUCUUCUUCCCAGAAACAUACCCCCACCUCACCAAAGCAGAUCCAGCUCAAAAGACCACCAAACAGAAAGCCAAGUUCUUGUGGCACCGCGUCAACCCCGCACGUGUAGGAGUUCUUCUCUUCUCCUACCCGAAUCUCUUCUUCGCAGGUUUAGCCGCCGGCGCUCUGGUCUGGAACCAGUACUCCCUCCUAACUCCCAUCCGCUAUGUCCUCAAUCCCCGUUUCCAUCUAAUAAGCCCCAUCGAGUCGGGUCUCUUCUAUAUCGCGCCUGGGUGCGGGUAUCUAGUGGGUACGUUUAUGGGUGGACGAUGGGCGGACCACACGGUGAAGAAAUGGAUUCGCAAGCGAGGGGGUGUCCGAGUUCCUGAAGACAGAUUGAAAUCCUGUCUUGUGUUCCUUGGUAUUGUCAUCCCGGGCUGCAUCCUUAUAUACGGCUGGACGGUUGAGAAGGCCGUUGGCGGGAUUCCGGUGCCGGUUCUUGCGAUGUUCAUCCAGGGUGUUGCGCAGCUCUUUUGCUUUCCCAGUCUGAAUACCUUCUGUCUGGAUGUGAUGCAGUCCUCAGGUCGAAGUGCAGAGGUCGUGGCGGGCAAUUAUAUGUUCCGAUAUGUCUUUGCUGCAAUUGGCUCUGGUGUGGUCCUUCCAGCUGUCGAGGCCAUCGGCGUUGGGUGGUUUAGCACCAUCAGUGCUUUGUUUCUUGUUGUCGCGGGCCUAUGUGUCUGGGCGACUACCAUUUUUGGUGAUCAGUGGCGAAAGCAGGUUGAUGCUAAGAAUCAGCGGAAGGCGGAAGUUACUGGCGAGCAGCCUUCUCAACCAGAAAAUGAGAAGAGAGAAGAGGUAUGA